AUGCUCAGACCCGGCCGCUACCAUCUCCGCGCCGAGGGGGGGCGGUUUAUGGUUUCUCCUGUCCCGUUACUCAGUAUCCCGCUCGCAGUGCUGUGGAUUCCACACAUUCUGUGUGAAUGUGAAACAGGUUUAUUAUUAGAGAAUCUCGGUGAUUCCCAGUGAUCAGAACCCCGGGUUCUGGCGGCCAUUAUCGCGUGGUCCCCCCUCCCCCGGCUGUAGUGGUAUCGCCCAGGCCUUGAUGAGUCGCUGAGAGGAAGAAGCGGCCGCCAUUUUGUGAAGUGCAGAGAGCGGGAGCGUCAGGUCUCAGCGCGUACAGAACCAGCAGCCCAAACGGAACCAGAAUUCUCCCAGCUCCCCCCUCUCCGGUCCCCGAACUGCUCCACCGUGGAUUUCAUCGAUAACCUUCCCGAACAAGAGGUGAGUGACGGCGGCAGCAGAUCACUGCCAGACCGCGUGUCCGGGCCUAGUGGGCCUCACUGUCUGAUACCGGGCCCGAAUUAAUUAUAGCGGGCCCGGAUUAAUGCUAGUGGGCCUCACUGUCUGCCCACCGCGCCUGAGUUAAUACCGGGCAUCGAUUAAUACCGGGCUUAGUAGGCCUCACUGUCUGAUACCGGGCCCGAAUUAAUGCUAGCGGGCCCAGUAGGCCUCACUGUCUGAAUUACCAGUUACUGAGCCUGAAUUACCAAAUAUUUCCCAUCUCUGGCCCAGGCCUGAAAUACCCCAUAUUACCCAUCACUGGGCCUCCUUACCUCCUCUUAUAAUAUUGUAAAUUGCAACGGAAUCUGUUGGCGCUAUAUAAAUGAUAAUAAUGGAGCGUCAUUGUCUAUUACUGGGCCCUCAUUGUCCAUCACUGCACAAGGCCUCAAUUACUCAAUGUUUAUUACUGGGCCCUCUUUGUUUGUAACUGGGCCGUGCCUGAAAUACCCCAUAUUACCCACUACUGGGCCGUGCCUGAAAUACCCCAUAUUACCCACUACUGGGCCAGACCUGAAAUACCCCAUAUUACCCACUACUGGGCCAGACCUGAAAUACCCCAUAUUACCCACUACUGGGCCAGACCUGAAAUACCCCAUAUUACCCACUACUGGGCCAGACCUGAAAUACCCCAUAUUACCCACUACUGGGCCAGACCUGAAAUACCCCAUAUUACCCACUACUGGGCCAGACCUGAAAUACCCCAUAUUGCCCAUCACUGGGAACCUCACUUCACACCUGGAUCCAGUCCUGAAGUACUCUGCAUUUACCAGUUUCUGUUCCAUCACUAGGGCAAGCAUGAAUAAUUCUGAGAUUUAGUCUGGUAUCUUAAAUUAUCCAGUGCUCGGUGCAAGGCUGAAUUGCAUUGGAUUUGUAAAUUUGAGCUUUAAGUCUAACUUUUUUGGCAAGAGGUUUUGGGGGGCAAGGAAUAAUAAAAAAAUCUACUUUGACAUUACUGAUCCACUGUUAAUUGCAGUAAGUACCUUUUACAGCUGAAAAUUAAGGUUUUACUUUAUCUUUAUUUUGUAGUGAGCUCUCCUGGUAUCAGGAAGUUGAAGUGUUGUAAAAUGUUUUAGUUUUCUGUCUAAAAAUAUAGUUGGCAUUUGAUGUUUGCUCGUGCUCUAACCUGGCUUCUAAUUUCAGUGUGCAGCCAUGGAGAUGGAAUAUAUCAGGGUUGCGGAGGAUGAGAAUGAAGAGCCAAUGGAAAUACCAUCGGAAGAUGAUGGAACUGUCCUCCUUUCUACAGUUACUGCCCAGUUUCCUGGGGCCUGUGGUCUGAGAUACAGAAACCCAGUGAAUCAGUGUAUGCGUGGUGUUCGGCUAGUGGAAGGCAUCCUUCAUGCCCCUGAGAGUGGCUGGGGCAACCUAAUAUAUGUUGUCAAUUAUCCUAAAGGUGAGUGCUUUUGCCUCAGGGUGUUUGGACCAUUUGUUUAACAUUCUUGUGUGUAACAGAAAUUCCAUAUUAAUUUGGAAGGGUAACUGGCAUUGUCGGUUAUAGGAUAUUCUCUUCUGGUAGAGGCUAGGUUUUAGUUGUGAAGCACUAGGCUGAAAUACUUGUAGUGCUCAUUUACAUGGGCACUGUAUGCACCACAACUGCUUCAUCUCAAAGUGGAGAUAUUGUCUAGAUUAUUGUGCUGUCUUUCAAUCCAGUGUUAAACAUUUACUUUUUAAUGCUAAACAAGAGUUCCCAGCAACCUCUACUCUGUGCUACUUGGGUUAAUGAGGAGGUAUUAGUCUGAGCAGCAGUGAGCAAAGUGAGUGGCUGAUCACAUUUAACCUGCCAUUGCAAGUGUGAAUCUCUAUGACUAUAACUGUGUAAUAUCUAGCUUUGUCAUGCCUCCAGUGGAGGUGGGGUACAGGGAGCUAGGGAACCUCAUUCACUAUUAAACUGUCUGAAAAUGGAGGGAUGGUCCUCUGACUCCAGGUACUAUAAUACAUUAAAUGUGAAAUUAAUAUAGUGUCUACAGUGGCACUAAGUUCAGUGUGCUUUCCCAGCUAUCAUGUGGCAUUUAGAAGAAACCUAAUGUCACUUCUUUGGGGCAGCAGAACAAAUAUAUAUAAAAAAGAAAUUGUUAAACCACGCAAUCUGUCACUUAAAGGGAUAUAUUAUAGGCAUCAAAACAAAUGGAGCAGUUUGGGUGUAAAGUCCUGCUGCUCAAUUCUGACAGAGUUAAAUCACUUUUGUUUCUGUCCAUGUAGUCAUAGCUACAUCUCUCCUGGCUGAUUCACACCACAGCCUGCAUAAAAUGUUUUUAAUCAAACAUUUAAAGUAAGUUAAUAUCUCCUGCUCUGUAAAUUAAACUUUAAUCACACACAGCUAUUUAGAAAUCUGGUGGUAAAAAAUUCUAAUGUGUAAGCUUCCUUUAUUGCACUGCCUGUUUAAUUCAGAAUUUCUUAAAUCACUAGCAGGUGGGUGUGGAUAGGGCUGCCUAAAUAGUGAGUUAAAACCUAAAAGGCAUCGAAGUGAGACUGCAUGGACAUAUGAUCAAUACACCAAAACUGCUUCAUUAAGUUGGUUUUGGUGCAUAUAGUAUAGUCUGUUCUUUAUAAUCCAUUUAAUGCCCCAUAAACCUAACUUUGCAUAUUUAAGCUGCUUGCUAUUAAACCUUUGUCUUCAGAUAACAAGAGAAAAAUGGAUGAAGCAGAUGCAUCUUCUGCUGUGAAGAUCAAACGUGCGGUUACAAAAACAUCAGAUUUAAUUGUUUUGGGAUUGCCAUGGAAAACUACAGAACAGGAUCUGAAAGACUAUUUCAGCACGUUCGGUGAAGUCAUCAUGGUCCAGGUUAUAUAUCUUAUUACAAUACACUUUAUGAUUCUACACAGAUUCAAUACUUGGCUCUCUAGACUUACUCUAUCAUGUUUUUGCAGGUAAAAAAAGAUGCCAAGACUGGACAUUCAAAAGGUUUUGGCUUUGUCAGAUUUACAGAAUAUGAAACACAAGUGAAAGUAAUGUCUCAGCGCCAUAUGAUUGAUGGUCGAUGGUGUGAUUGCAAACUACCAAACUCAAAGGUACUACUAACCUGUCUGUUUCAUAGCUGUACUUGCCAAAUGUGGAAAGUGUCCUUUGAGCGCUGUUUGUCUCCCUCAUCAAGGGCACUGGCGAUAUAAUUGACUUUGUCCGUUGCUUGUUAAGAAGUCUCUCCUGCUUGAUGAAGAGUAGGACUUUUUUGGCUAAUAAAGAGGCUUGUAUAACUAAACAAACUGCACCCAGAAUGUUAUCAAUGUUAAUCAGUGCUAAUAACAGGUCAUGGUAAGAAUCCCUUUAAAAUGUUUUCCAUGUUGCCUAAAAUAUUUGCUGAAAAUCCAUGGCUUCUUCAUCCAGUUAAACUGGAUUUGUUUUGCUGACUCUUGUGACCCUUUAAAGCAUAAAAACUGGCAGUUUUUCUGCAGUUAACAGUUUAUGCAUAUUGACUUCCAAGAACAGAACACUUCUCACUGAUUAUUUAGUCCAGUGUACACUUUAACAAGAUCUAAACUUGUUUUAAUGUUACAACUUACAAUAGGUAAUCCAGUUUCUAUUUUUACUCUCAUUCAAUCUCAAAUCUAAGGGGAAUUUUUUCUGUUUUUCACAAUAGCAGAGUCCUGAUGAACCCAUGCGGAGCCGGAAGGUGUUCGUUGGACGUUGCACAGAGGAUAUGAGUGCUGAUGAGCUGCGUCAGUUCUUCACCCAGUAUGGUGAAGUGGUGGAUGUCUUUAUUCCCAAGCCCUUCAGAGCAUUUGCAUUUGUUACAUUUGCUGAUGAUCAGGUAAGAAAUUGAUUGGAUGCAGGCAAUGGUAUAUAAAGUAAAUUGUAGCUUUGGUGUUUUGUGUGUUGUCUCCACCUAAGGGUGUUAUAUUUUUAUUUAGCACGUUUUUAUUUUGUUAAUGCUAUAAUUGACUUUUGCAAACACAUUUUUCAUUUUAGUAGGGGGCAGUAAUGAGCUUUUAGUACUUGAUAAGACUUGUUCUCAUCUUUCUGUGCCCCCUUGCUGUGCAGGCAAUAGAAGCUGUAUUUGACUGUAAUUGGUCAAAUGUGUUGCUACAAUCCUCCUACUCCUGUCUAUGUACCACUGUUCUUCCCCAGCACUCUAGAAUAUUUUGUCUAAGGGAUAUGAAAGCCCAUGUAUUAAACAUUUUUGUUUUCUUCCUUUAGGUUGCUCAAUCACUUUGUGGAGAAGACUUGAUAAUUAAAGGAGUCAGCGUACAUGUAUCUACCGCAGAACCCAAGCACAAUAGUAAUAGGCAGCUAGAGAGAGGCGGAGGAAGAUUUCCUGGGCCAGGAUUUGGCAAUCAGGGCUACCCCAGUGCAAGGCCCAGUGGUGGACCCCUUGGAAAUAACCAAGGUGGAAACAUGGGUGGAGGGGGUGGGAUGAAUUUUGGGGCAUUUAGCAUUAACCCAGCAAUGAUGGCAGCUGCCCAAGCAGCUCUGCAGAGUAGCUGGGGGAUGAUGGGGAUGUUGGCCAGUCAGCAGAACCAAUCUGGUCCUCCAGGUAGUGGGCAGGGCCAAGGCAAUCAGCAAAGAGAACAACCACAGAGCUUUGGGUCUGCAAACAAUUCAUACGGAUCAAAUUCAGGUGCAAUUGGUUGGGGUUCUCCUAAUACUGGGUCCAGCAGUGGGUUUAAUGGUGGGUUUAGUUCGAGUAUGGAAUCCAAAUCUUCUGGUUGGGGCAUGUAGAGAUUAAGAGGUGCUAAAAUGUAUUGUAUGACUGGUAAACAUUUCCCAAUGUCAUGGUAAGUAUAUUGUAAAAUGCAUUUACAGAACCUUUCCUUUUGGUUUUCUAUUUGAAAGGGUUUUUUUUAGCAUGCAGUGUUCAGCUGGGUGUCCUGAAAGAUGUUUCUUUUGUAAUUAUUUGGAAUCCUGAUUAUAAGUUUUGUAUUUAGUGUUUGAAACCUCUCAUUGACUGAACUCUGCAUGUUGAAGGAAACCACUAACCAUAAGCUGACAUUACCCAAUGUUUUACAUAAGCCCUCAUUUGUUUUUUGUUUUUUAAAUCUCUUUAAUCAAUGUAAAUGGCAUCCCAGGUUUUGUUUAGGACAGUCUUCCUUUCCUCAAUGUGUUCAUUGCUUCAACUGAUCUCUGCUCCUCACCAUGUCUCUCUGGAAAAUGCACUUAAUAAGUGGUGCUGUUUCCUACCCUGGAUCACUUUUACCUACAUGCUUUUCCAUCAAGACAUCUUCAAGCUGCACAUGAUGAGUCUUAAGACGGUGGGUGAUCCAUUUUUAUCCGCUACUUUAUUUGAUGGAAGUCGUACCAGCACUUUGAACGCACGGCUGUGAGGUGGAACCAGAAGGCUGUUUGAACUGUGGGAUUGGUGUUUCCAAGGAAUGAGAGGCUUGCGAAUGAGCGAGAAAACGAGCGCGUGCAGAGACCUGGUGGUGCAUUAUGGAUAUUUUUAAGAUUUGGCGAUGUGUCUCUCAAUCCAGUGGCAAUGGUGAGAGUGUUAAGAGAGCAGUGGGAGCAAGUAACGUACGAAUGUUUCUUGCAUUCAAAAGACUUUGGUUCAUUUGGAAGACUGAGGCUUUUCUGCCUAAAGCAAUUGAAUUGUUUGAAACUAGUUUUUGAAACUUCUUUUCCCUCUCCUUGAAAUGUAUACUGCUGUGAAUGCUGUAUGAUGUGUGCAUUUUUUCUGUUAUUGAAAUGUGAGUCAAUGUGAAACCGCAUUUGAUGGGGGUGGGUGGUGAGCACGCUUUAGAGUGAUUUUGAAACUCUCCUGUUUCCCAAGAGUGUUGGGGAUGUUUUGGUCUGUAAGUAACUACAAGAAUGCUGUUUGCUGCAGUCAUGUGUUCUGUGUUUGGAUGCUUUUUACAAGACUUGUCAAUGUAGGAUAUUCUUAAAUAAAACAAUUUAAUGAAAUGUUUCUGGCUGUGCAAUUGAUUACAAUCUCAUUUUCUUUGGACUGCUCUGAUUUACACUCUGAUUCUGACACUUAAACUCUUGCUUAUUAGCAUUUGUAUCGCACCCCCUAUUCUGCAGCGUUGUACAAUUAUAGAAUGGGGAUAUUUUACAAUAAGGAAUUGGCAUACAGGAUAUAACAGACAUAAGGUUAAGAAGGCUUUGCUAUAAUGAGGGAACUCUUCAGAAAGGAGUGGAAAGGUAGGCAAGGGAUUUUGUGAAAUGUGAAUUUAAAAAAGUUGUAACUUGCUUUUUGUACACCACUGCUAUAGCUUCUCACUUUCCCAACUGCCUGCCUUACAUGAGCCACACUGUUUGUCAGGUUGGAUGGUUAACCAUAAAUGUCCCCUUUCAAUUGGAAGUCCUUAAACUAUUAGAGUUUGAAAAGUGAAUUCAUGCUGGUAUAAAACCAAGAAAGGGAUGAUUAAAGGAACACUAGUCACCUAAACUACUUUAGCUAAAUAAAGCAGUUUUGGUGUAUAGAUCAUUCCCCUGCAAUUUCACUACUCAACUCACUGUCAUUUAGGAGUUAAAUCACUUUGUUUCUGUUUAUGCAGCCACACCUCCCCUGGCUAUGACAGAGCCUGCAUGGGGAAAAAACGGGUUUCACUUUCAAACAGAUACACUUAUUUAAGGUAAAUUGUAUCUCAAUCUCUAAAUUGAACUUUAAUCACAUACAGGAGGCUCUUGCAGGGUCUAGCAAGCUAUUAACAUAGCAGGGGAUAAGAAUCUUAAUUAAACAGAACUUGCAAUAAAGAACCUGAAUAGGGCUCUCUUUACAGGAAGUGUUUAUGGAAGGCUGUGUGUCACAUGCAGGGAGGUGUCCCUAGGUUUCAUAAACAAAGGGAUUUAUCUCCUAAAUGGCAGAGGAUUGAGCAGUGAGGCUGCAGGGCAUGUUCUAUACACCAAAACUGCUUUGUUAAAAGACCACUAGGCACCCAGACCACUUCAGCUUAAUGAAGCGGUCUGGGUGCCUGGUCCAGCUAGGGUUAACUUUUUAGAAACUGUUUCAGAGAAACUGCUGUUUACACUGAGGGUUAAUCCAGCCGCUAGAGGCACUUGCGUGCUUCUCACUGUGAAAAUCACUGGCUCUUGCCAUGCAUCCACAUUCAGCCGAUGUCGCUAGGAAGGAGGAAAUUUCCCUGCCCGGCACUGGAGAAAGGUAGGAUUUUUUUUAACCCCUUCCUCUACUCAGAGCAUAAGCACAGAUCAUGAGAAUUUAGUAGAGAAGGGUAGAUCCCUUGUAUUUAAAGGGACACAGUCACCUGAACUUUAGCUUAAAGGACCACUAUAGUGCCGCCAUUGGCGGCACUAUAGUGUCCCUUUAAAUACAUCUGAUCUACCCUUCUCUACUAAAUUCUCAUGAUCUGUGCUUAUGCUCCUUCAAAUACUAGUCUAGUUUUGAGAUCUCCUUUACACUAUGGUUGUGUAUCUAUGCUAAAUGUUCUUAUGCCUUCUGCUACAACACUUAUAAAACAGACUUUUGAAAUCUAGCCUGACUGUUUCUGCAUUACGUGAAAGGUAAGAGCAUAUAUUGGAAUACAGAAUUAAUGGGGAUAAAUGUAAUUCUAGGAUGCCUUGCAAUCUUGAAAGGGAUACUAUAGUGCCAGGGGUACAAAGCUGUAUUACUGGCACUUUCAUCCCCCCAAGCUAAAAAGUUCAAAACCCCUUUACUUUUUCCAGCACAGAUGUCCGCAGGGGCAGUGCUCCAUCUGCCAUCCCACGAGCGGGCGCUAAUGCGCAUGCAUGGCAAAUUCCCUGCCUGCAUUAGACCUCUGCUUUCCUAUGGGGAAAAAAAUCUGAUGCUUGGUAUCAUCAUGCAGCGUGCAAGGAUGUCCAGCAUAAGACAGGACCAAAGGUCUGUUUGAACUCCGGAAGCCUCUAGUGGCUGACUGGUAGGCAGCCACUGUGGGCAGACUUAAUGCUGCAAUGUAAACAUCACAGUUUCUCUGGAAGUGCAGUGUUUAACAUUACAGCAAAAGGGAGAGUGCAGACACCCAGACCACUUCAAUUAGCUGAAGUGGUAAGGUUGUCUGCAGUGUCCCAUUUAGUAUUACAUUCUGAUAGACUAUAUAAGAAUAUAUAUAAUUUUUUUUUUUUUCUGAGCUGGAAGUGGUUUUGAAAUUAGAAAACAGUGUUGCCAUCACAGACCAGUCAAAUUCUGGGCCUUCUCUUGCUUGUAAAUUUGUCUUUCUGAGAUGGUCAGAAUUGCACUUAAACUCCAUGCUUGAGGCAAGUGAAACCACUUUAAUGUGUUAAAAUUUAUAUAGUCUACUUAUUUUGGCAGAAAAUUUUAAUUGCUUCAACUGUUGAAUUAAGACAUACUACAAAUACACUUGUGGUUACAGUAUAACUUGGAUGGGUUUACCCAUGUUUCUGGAUAGUUUUUUCUAUCCACUCGAUAUAAUUACUCACUUUUGUGUAAACUCCAUAUUGGCCUUUUAUGCCGCACUCUACCCCCCAGGAUACAAUCCCCCCAUGAAACCAUUUUUUGGUCUGGCGAUCUUUGAAUGCCAGUGCACCCCCACUAUCUCCAGUGCAGGAAUCCUUUCCCCCUUCUUCGUCACCGGCACAUAUCAUGUUAUCGUAUACAAUACGCUCCAUCUUCUUGUAUUGUGCUUUGCAUACUGCAUGGUCAAUAACCUCUACUUGUACAAACUUUAAAAAUCGUGUUUUGAUUCUGUCAGCAGUGCUCCCCCAUCCUGCCACUAAUCCUAUGUGAUUAUCUUGAUCAGUAUGGGAGAUACGGAAUCUUUCCUCCUUGGUUGGAAGGCAAAUUGCCAUAAGGUUCCUGCUAAGAGGGGCUUUAUUUUUUAACUUGAUGAGGGCAAUAUCAUUGUUGAAAGUUUUAUUAUCAAAACCUUCGUGAAUGAAAACUUCUUCUGCCACACCCUUAAAGGAAUUCUCAUCUAUAGUGCUAAUCAUGCCCAUUUUUAUAUGAUACUCUGACAAAUCCUUGGCCUUCAUUACAUGUGCUGCUGUGAUAACCCAGUUGUCAUACAGAAGAGCCCCUCCGCCUCUCGAAUCAGUUUCUAUUAGCACCUGCCAGGGGACGUUGCCCAGGUCUGCGUUUUUUCCUCCUAUAAUGCGCUGAAUUGACUUUGAAUCCACAUUUAUUCCACAAUCUAAGAAAAAG